GAGUGUCCAACGCAACAAACCACAGUUUCUGCAUCAACAGUUUCACCAAGAGACAAUCUGAAAAGACGCAAAAUCCAAUUUUAGAUUAACAUCUGGCCCCAAUCAUUGACCUCUCCCCGAGCGCCAAUUCACUCCUGUAGUCUUCAAGAUGCAGGCGCAAUACCGUUCCUAUCAACAAGGGACACCUUCACGGGCGUCUCAUGGUGGUGGUAAUAGAAGAGGUAUAGCACCUGCGGCCGCGGCACAAACCAGGGAGCAAAUGUCAGCCCAGCAAUAUCAACAGCAGCAGCAGCUUAUCCUCAAGCAAAAGGAAGCGGCGAAAAAGAGAGCAAGCGAACCAACGGAUAAAAACAUUCCAGAUGGAGUAGAGGAUGUGAUUAUUGGGGAUGGUGUGCAGAGAUAUAGAGAGCUGAGAGACAUCGAAAGAAGAUUAGAUGCGACGAUGACUAGGAAGAGACUGGACAUCCGGGAAAGUGUGGAUAGGAAUGUUAAGAGAUAUCGAACGUUAAGACUUUGGAUCAGUAAUACUGUGGAGGAUCAACCUUGGCAAUCGGAUAAUACACUGGAUGUCGAUGCUUUUGAUUUUAGCACAAACAUGGACUCUUCGUUUCGGGUUAAGAUCGAGGGAAGAUUAUUGGAUGAUGAUGAAGAGGAAAGUGAUGACAGUGACGACGAGGAUGAGGAAGCGGAAGCGGGAGCCGAUUCGAUGGAUGUGGAUAAGAAGAAGAAAACGAGACCUCCAGGACGACUUUAUAAAUUUUCACAUUUUUUCAAAUCUAUGACAGUCGACUUUGAUCGAAAUCAACGAACCAAAGACGGAGCAGAUCAAAGCGUGGAGUGGAAGAAACCAAGCGUUGCGCCAAAUGCCAAUGGCCUUCCGGCAGCUGCAGACUUUGACCAAUUAGAAUUCAAGAGGUCAGGCGAUGAGAAUUGCAAUAUUGUCAUCAACUUGGUCCGCGAUGAAACGCCCGAGAGAUUUCAAUUAAGUCCUGUUCUCGCAGCUAUCCUGGAUACAAAUGUUGGUACUCGUGAAGAAGUCACAAUGGGAAUCUGGAGUUAUAUCAAAGCCAUGGGACUUGCGGAUGAUGAUGAAAAGAGAACCUUUGAGCUUGACGAGAGACUCAGACCACUUUUUCCAGGUCGAGAAAAAGGAUAUUGGCCCCAACUUGGUGAUGCCAUUAUAUCCCAUACUACAAUUCUCCAGCCAGUUCGUCUCCAUUACACCAUCCGUGUAGACAAAGAGUUUCACGAAAACCCUCAACCAACCAUCUAUGACGUCCAAGUCACAGUUGAAGACCCUCUGAAAGCUGCCCUCGAAGCUGCCACCAGAAACCCCGCUUACGCUGCCAAUCUUCUUGAACUUGCAACGUUAGAUAAACAGCUGGCGGUCAUGGUACAAGCAAUUGCUAAUUCCAAAUCAAAACACUCUUUCUUUGAUUCUCUUUCGAAAAAUCCUACAGAAUUUAUCAGAAAAUGGAUCAGUUCGCAAAAGAGAGAUUUGGAAAUCAUUGCCGGUGAUGGAAUGAGAGGAGGUGGAGAGGAUGCUACAAGCGAUGAAUGGAGAAAGGGGGGUGCAGAUGGUGUUUGGGGAAGUACUAACGUUAAGGAACUUGCCGCUUUGAUGAUUAGUACUGGGAAGGUCAGGACUACAGUUUAGAAUCUUGCAGCAGGUUCUCUGGAGGGAGAUAGAUUAGUAAGGUGUGGGAUUGAGAUUAAAGAUCUGUUUUCAUUCAUGAUAUCAAGAUUAUUUGGAGGGAGUUAGGAAUUGAUUCAAUGGAAUGGAUGGAAUGAUCUUCUGUCAUGUGUAAUAAUUAUUGUAUGGAUUAAAUAGGGGAUUCCUAGAAAUAGGCGAUGAGACGCGAGAUGAGAUUAAAACGAAGAAUGAGUAUUACCAAAAUGACACUUUCAAGACAAUGACUUAGCAUCUGAUACCUGGUACCUGGGUGCUUGAAGGAGACACGGAGAUGUUCGGCGAUAAGAUAACAUUGGGUUAAUUGAAUUGAUAUUUCCUAGCUUCAAUUUGUUGUUGGCACGAAUAAAUGCUGAUCAAAAUAAACGAUCCUCUAGGCACA